GCCAUCGCAGAUCUUGUUCUGGUAGUGCUGCUCGUCGUGAUAUACACAGUGAUCACGCGGGCUAAAGUGGGUUUCUUCUUUCUAGGGUUAACCUAGCGUCGGUUGCCGUCGGUUGUGUGCACGACGGCUCCGUUAUUUGAUGCGGCGGCUUACCUAGGUAUCCGGCGAUCCAAAAUAAUCACGACUGGUGCCGUGGGCUAGGAAUCCGGCGGUGCAUGUUAUCACGGGUAGCGCUGCUUCUCGUGAUCCAAAGUGAUCACGUACUGGAUUCGUGGGACGUACCUUAACGCCGCUUGGUGUGGAGAGGGGGGAGGAUCCAUGGCCGAUCAGAGGUCGUUGGCGUCGGUUGUGUGCACGAUCUGAACGCCCUCGGUUGGGGCGCUCUCCGGUUGGUGUAGUUUAUUUAACAUCCGUGAUCGUGCGCUAGGUGUUGUAUAUGUCAGCAUUGAUAAUGUUUGCACAUGUGAUGAUACAUAUUAAUUGUUGUAGGAAAUGGCGGACGAUGAGUUAACUGAUAUGAUGUAUGACAUGGAGUUUGGAGAACUGAUGAAAGACUGGAUAGAAGAUUGGUCAGAUGAUGAAAAUUCAGAUCGUGGAGAUAGGUCAGAGAAUGGGAACGUAUUGGAAGAUCUUAAUGAAAACAAUGAGCAUGAUGAUGGUGAGGAAAACAACUCGGAGAUCUCGAAUGAAGAUUACAUUAGUCAGCUCAUUUCCGAAUGUCAUAAUGCGUAUGACUAUUACGGUGAAUCCGACGCGGAGACAGGCCUUGAUGUCGAAUCAUUAGCUGCAUCUGAUUCUGGGGAGUCGCAAUCGUCGGUCAUCAUGAGUGAGGUGACAGAAGUUGAGGGGAAAAAGAAUGUCCAAGAUACUGCUAGUGCAGAUGAUAAGAGGGAUAUGUUCAUGCAGAUAAUACAAAUGACUUUUACGUCUCACGAGGCUGCGUAUGAUUUCUACAACAGCUAUGCUAGAGAUAAUGGUUUCAGCAUUAGAAAGAAUAGGGUCAGGUAUAGCAAAACCGAGUCACGUCAUAUGCGUUAUAGGCGGUUUGUUUGUUCCAGACAAGGAAAACGUGACAGCAGGUUGCUAACCGAGGAAGGACACAGCCGUAGGCUCAGACCCGAGACACGCUGCCACUGCGAAGCGCACCUGACCGUGAAGCUUGACCAAAAGCGUGGGGUUUGGUAUGUUGAUAGUUUUGAGGACAAGCAUAGCCAUAUCUUGGCAGGACCGGACGAGGUACCUUUUCUUUGGUCCCACAGAAAAAUCAAAGAGUACCAGAGAGCUGAGAUACUGUCCAUGGGAGCUGCAGGGAUUAGAAUUCACGACAUGAUGGAUACCUUCAUCAGCAAACAUGUAUGGUAUGGCGGUGUUGGUUUUACCAGGCGUGAAAUAUACAACCUUUGCGCCAGGGAGAAGAGGAAGCUGCUUUCAAAAGGUGAUGCUGCCACAGUCAUAGGCAUCAUGGUCAGUAGGAAACAGAGGGAUCCUAGCUUCUUAUUCGAGUACAAGCUAGACAAGGAAGGACAUAUGAAUAGGAUGUUCUGGUGUGACUCCCAGUCUCGUCAUGACUAUGAGGACUUCGGCGACGUGCUUGUAUUUGACAACACGUACAAGAUGAACCGGUAUGAUGAUGGUGAAGGCAACAUAGUUGAAGUUCAUGAUCCUAUUAAAGUAUCAACGAAAGGUGCAACUAAGGAAGAAGUGAAAUGUAACUAUUUGGAAUGGGUAGACCCGGAGUGGUCAGUGGCUACGAAGUUCUGCCUGAGAGAACUGUGGAGCAUGUAUGACGAGAAGCUGAGACAGAAUAUUAAGAAUGCUGAAGAAAAAUGCAUGUUAAUUAGAGAAAAGAGGAGGACGGAGGAAGAGCUGAGAUUUUUCAAAAUGGACUUUGCUAAACUGGUGGCUGAUAAGGAGGAUGCUCUCACGCAGUUGGGCAAUGCAAGAUGGUCACUUAGCGAUCUCAAAGAGGAGCUGGAGAAGAAUAAGAUGGCAGAUCAUGGUUGUGCCAAUCUACAUCAGGUCCUGAGGGUAAAGGCUGAGAAAGACCGGGACCGGGUGGUGCUAGAGAGAGACCAAGUGAUGAGAGAGAGGGACCAACUGAAGCAAGAGAAGAAAAAACUUGAGUAUAUUAUUGCAGAUUUUCUCAAACAGAAACAUGGGUACGUUGAUAAGAUCAAGAAGCUGAAGGAGAUUUGUGAUGAAUUUUAA